CGUUUCACUGACGGCUCCGAUAAAACAGCCCUGCCCAUGAAACACACUUCUAUCACAAUAUAACAGCAUGUCUAGCUGAGGGUUUCGCGGCAGCUGAAGUCCAUACAUACUGAACAUACACACUGUAUGCAGGAGCUGACCAUUAACUGAGAGAACAUGUGGCUGCCUAUGCUUGGAAUGACGGCCCUGCCGCAUCUGGGAGGUUUCUAUGGCGGUUAUGUAACACGCAAAGAGGUGAAGACCUGGUACACUACCCUGGAGAAACCAUCAUGGAGGCCACCAAACGCAGCAUUCCCAAUCGCGUGGACCUGUCUGUAUACAGGCAUGGGAUACGGCUCCUACCUGGUGUGGAAAGAGCUUGGAGGUUUCACUCAGGAUGCACUGGUGCCACUGGGACUGUAUGGGCUGCAGCUAGCUCUGAACUGGGCCUGGACUCCUAUUUUCUUUGGUGCACACAAGCUGAAAUGGGCACUUAUUGAGAUCGUUGUUCUCACUGGGACUGUUGGAGCCACCAUGUUGUCGUGGUAUCCCAUCAACCGCACAGCAUCUCUGCUGCUGGCACCUUACCUGUCCUGGCUGUGCCUUGCCACCAGCCUCAACUACUGCAUAUGGAGAGACAACCCAGAGAAAAAAGAAGAGUAGUGUGUGCUGUGAACAAACUACUGACAGAUUGUGGUUUAUUAAGAACAAAUCUGAUUCCACGAUUUUGGCUAUCAGACUAUAUUUAUGAACCAUUAUGAAUCUGAAUGUGUUAAAAUGACUCUUGUGUCUAUGAAGUUCAAGCUUAACAUCACAGUCUUAUUUUGGUUUUAGAGCUUCGAUUGUGAGGUUGAUAUUACUAUGCUGACUAUUCAAAUAUCAAUCAAUAACUGGGAAUACUUUGUUGGCCAUAAAAAUGAAAUACAAGUGAGGUCAUUUAGAAAUUGUGUUUUCAUAAUUUGUCCAUCUACCCUUUUUUACAGUCCUCUGCAGCACCUGAGUUUGCGGUAUAUUACACCUGGACAGGUGUCGUUACUCCAUCUGACUUAAAUGCUUGACUGUACAACAACUUGCCUCUGGUACAUAUGUUUUUGAUAGCCCUGUUAACAGAAUUGCUUCCUUGCCAAAAAAAAAAGUGCAUUCACUUAAAACUCUUAAAAAUAUUAUCCAGUAUAGUAAAAAUGUAAUAUUGAUUUAAAACUGCUCCUAUUUGCUUUUUUAAUGAAUUUUUGUUAUAUUUACUUUUAUGGCUCUAUUAAAAUAAAGAUUUCUAUCCAA